AGAUCUCUUCUCACAAGGGCUCAGUGGGGAGCCUCUGAAACCUGUGCAGGUUUUUCUCUGCAGAUGCAGGAAGAAAGCAGGUGGAUGGACAAAUAAACAUGGCCUUGCUCGUGGUGGCCUUGCUCACAUUCCUGAGCUUGGGCUCAGGAUGUCAUCAUCGGAUCUGUCACUGCUCUAACAGGGUUUUCCUCUGCCAGGAGAGCAAGGUGACAGAGAUUCCCUCCGACCUCCCCAGGAAUGCGGUUGAACUGAGGUUUGUUCUCACCAAGCUUCAAGUCAUCCCAAAAGGAGCAUUUUCGGGAUUUGGGGACCUGGAGAAAAUAGAGAUCUCACAGAAUGAUGUCUUGGAAGUGAUAGAGGCAAAUGUGUUCUCCAACCUGCCCAAACUACAUGAAAUUAGAAUUGAAAAGGCCAACAACCUGCUAUACAUCAACCCUGAUGCCUUCCAGAACCUUCCCAACCUCCGAUAUCUGUAAGAACUGCCCGCUCUAUGAUCAAAUUGUGCACUCAUAUUUUAGCAAAAUAUCCAUUUGCAACUCUGGGGAACAAUUGCUUUUAAUCAAAGAUGUGGGGCAGAAGUAGAAGUGGGGAGAUACUUGCUGGUGGAUUUUAGUUUAGUUUAAUGAGUGAAUUCCACUGACUUAAUUGCAUUUUGUUUUCAUUUACAAAAACAGACAUCAUAAGGAAUGCCAUUUGCAUUAAUGGGAUUGUCACAAGGACCUCUUGCAGAACUCGGUCACAAUUUAGUGUUAAUGAGAUACAGCCAAAAUUUCCGCUAGCAUUUAGCUUGUGACCUUGACCUCAAAGACAUCGUCUCUCUUGUUCUGCAUUUAAGCAUUUUUUUCUUUGAUAGAUUACAGUGUUUUAUAUUAAAAGUUUUGGUUAAUAAUA